AUGACUGAAAUAUAUUCUGUCUUUAUCGGAUGGUGCCUGUUCACGGUAUUGACGAAACUUAGCAGAGAAUUACGGAAAUUUUUCUAUUACACUGAUAUCCUCGUGGCUAAAAAUCGAAAUCGAUCAAAAGUGGAUCCAAGUGGAUUCCAACCUGGUCUUGUUGACUCGUCUGGUGCUGGUGGAGUUUGGCAAGGUCCACCACCGCCGGGUUCACAACCACCAACGCCAAUUCAACAGCCACCAAGUCAUUUAAUUCAUCCUCCGCCGCCUCCUCUUCAUCACCAUCCUGGUCGAAUACCUAUUAUGCCACCACGUGAUCUACAUUUCCCUCCACAACAUAUGAGACAAUUUCGACCAGUAUUGCCUCCGCCACCACCUCCUUCACCCGAAUAUCGCAUGCACGAUUUGAAUAAACGUCUGUCAAUGCGACCAGAAGAAUCCGACAGUCAAUGGUGGGAUGCAUUUGUAAAUGAAUUCUUCGAAGACGAUGCAAUACUAACCAUAUCAAUUUGCUUGGAAGACGGGCCCAAACGUUUCAGUAUUGGCCGUGUUCUAAUUCCACGUUUUUUUCGUACGUUGUUCGAUGGUGGUGUCAGUGAAGUCUAUUUUCAAUUGAAGCAAACGAAAGAAAUGUUCCAUAGUCCAAUACUAUCACUUGAUUGCGAACAAGCAUCAAUGAUAACUUGUUUUGGAAAACCUCCACACAUUAAAGUUUGUACGGAAGGACAUUUAACCCUCGAGUAUGCCUUCGAUGAUCUAAUGCGUAUUAAAUCUUGGCAUUUUGCAAUAAAACAAUUUCGAGAAUUAAUUCCACGAAGCAUUGUUGCCAUACCGGCUGAUAAUCCAACUUACCUUGACCAACUAUCAAAGAAUUUAACACGUAGCGGUUUAACAUCUGUAAUGUUAAAUUUUCUCAGGUUAUGCGAAAUUCUUGAGCCAAUGCAAGAAUUAAUGUCACGGCAUAAAACAACGUCAUUUUCUCCACGUGAUUGUCUAAAAACAAUCUUACAUCAGCGGUGGUCAAAAACUUGUUCAGAACUUCCUCAGAGUCCUUCAUUUCAAACAACAUUACCAUCUCAAACAGUCCUAGCAUCAGACACACGGCCACCAGCUAAACCGCGACGGAAAAGAAAGUCAACAGCAACGAAUAACCCUGCUACACCAGGAAAUAAUAAUUCGAAUAACAUUUCAACACCUAAAGAUGGUAAUAUGAAUAAUUGUACUAUGCCAACACCAACCAAGAAGCGUUCGCCAGCCAAUACAGUCUAUUCUGAAGGAGCUAUAACUCCUUCAAUGAAUAGUAUGCCCGGGGAUGUAAUGAUUGUUGGUGAACCAUCGUUAAUGGGCGGUGAAAUGGAUGAUGAAGAUGAACGAUACAUUACUCGACUUGAAAAUACCCAAUAUGAUCCAAAUGCCGCGGCAUCUAGUCAUCCACCACCGCAAUAUCUUUCGCCAACGCAUCAAAUGCCUCCAGGAUUUUCUUCACAACAGCAAAGCCCAAAUCUUCAAUCGUUACUUCACCAAAAGCAACAACAAUUCGUACCAAAUUCUCCACUUCUUCAUCCCAAUCAAAUGAAACGGGAGCAAACAUCAUUCCCUGGAUCACCGCAACCACAACAACAACAACCACUACCUUCGAUGUUUUCAGCAGGUGGUCCACCGACUCCGAAUACAAAUGCUUUCCCACCUCCAUCAACCCCAAUCAAUGGAGAUGUAGCCAACGGAGGAAAACGAAACACAACAGCAUCCAACGUACCAGUUUCAGGAAAUACAUCAUCAACAACAACGAAUAAUUCUUCGGGUUCACCGCCGACGCCUUCUUCGACAAACCACAAUCAGAAUCCUUCGACUCCGGCUACUUCGACAAACAAUCCGCCGACAACACCGACAAACUCGACUUGGAAUGGUCCGCCGACGAAUAUAACUAACUCUUCUACCUCAUCAACUAAUCCAGGUAUAGCAGAAAAGAAACAAGAACCACAUACACCACCAGCAACACCUCAACAAACAAUUGCGACAGCGUCAUAA